UCCGCGUGAAACAAAGUGUAGUGUCCGCGAGAGCCCGUAGGAAGCGAAAAGAGAGAAACCGGGAGAGAAUGGGGCGGCUGAAUCCACAACAACAGGAGGAGAAAAUAACCAACUAAAGAGAGAAAUAAAGAAGACAGAAGACGGAGGAGAAGAAGAAGAAGGAGAAAAGUCGCAGGGAAAACUUUUCCGGGGGAAACUGUUACAGACUCACACACGGCCACGUCUAAAAUCAUGGAUACACUUUUCCCUGUAUUCCUGGGACUCCUGUUUCUCUUUUCGGCACUUGGUAACGUCUCCGGUCAGAUACCGACAGGGAGCUGUACAUUUGAUGAGGGCUUCACUCAGUGUGAUUACCAGCAAGAUCCCUAUGAUGACUUUGACUGGACGCACAUCAACACCCAGGAAGUGCCAUACAUCUCACCAGACCUGCCACAAGGUUCCUACAUGUAUGUGGACAUCUCACAGUAUGAUGCUGGGGAGAAGGCCAGGUUUCAGCUGCCAGUCAUGAAGGAGAAUGACACUCACUGUAUCGACUUCAACUAUCUCCUCACCAGCCCUGAUGGCUCCAGCCCUGGCACCCUCAACGUCCUGGUGAAGGUAAACAAGGGUCCCUUGGCCAACCCCAUAUGGAAUGUGACGUCCUACACUGGUAAAGGAUGGCUAAGAGCCGAACUCGCCGUCUCCACCUUUUGGCCUAAUGAAUAUCAGGUCAUAUUUGAAGCAGAGGUUUCAGACAGCAAAGCCGGCUUCAUCGCCAUUGAGGACAUUCAGGUGCUCAGUUACCCGUGCGAUAAAUCUCCUCAUUUUCUUCGCCUUGGGGACGUAGAGGUGAAUGCCGGACAAAACGCCACAUUUCAGUGUAUCGCUACAGGACGAGACACAUCGAACAAUAAACUCUGGCUACAGAGGAGGAAUGGAGAAGAUAUUCCCGUGGCCCAGACCAAAAACAUCAACCACAGACGGUUCGCCGCCUCCUUCCACCUCAAAGAAGUCACUAAUCAGGAUCAAGAUCUGUACCGCUGCGUCACCCAAUCAGAGCGCGGCUCCGGGGUGUCCAACUUUGCGGGACUUAUCGUCAGAGAGCCUCCGCACCCCAUCGCCCCUCCCCAGCUGCUUGGCGUCGGCCCUACAUAUCUGCUGAUUCAGCUGAAUGCUAACUCCAUAUUUGGAGAUGGACCUAUUAUACUGAAAGAGGUUGAGUACCGCAUGACAACAGGCAGCUGGACGGAGACUCACGCUGUGAACUCUCCCAGCUAUAAGUUAUUUCAUCUUGACCCAGACACAGAGUAUGAGAUCAGAGUGUUACUCACUAGACCAGGAGAGGGAGGGACAGGCAAAUCUGGACCACCUCUCAUUACCCGGACCAAAUGUGCAGAACCUAUGCGGACUCCUAAGAGGCUAAAGAUUGCUGAGACCAGGUCUCGUCUGAUAGCGGUGGACUGGGAGUCGCUGGGUUACAACAUCACUCGCUGUCACACCUUUAACGUCACCAUCUGCUACCGUUACACGACUGCCAACAACCGCAGCAAAGACGAAUGCUUGGACAUGGACCCUAAAGCACCACGCCACUUGGUGGGAAACCUGCCACCCAACACCAACGUCAGUCUGAGGAUGAUUCUGACCAAUCCAGAGGGACGGAAAGAGAGUGACGAGACCGUCAUACAAACUGAUGAAGAUGUCCCAGGGUCAGUUCCCAGUCAGUCACUAAGAGCCACUCCAUUUGAAGACCGAAUUCUUCUUUACUGGAAGGAACCAGCUGAACCCAACGGAGUCAUCAUACAAUAUGAGAUCAGCUACAGUGGUGUGCGUUCAUUUGACCCGUCGGUGCCUCUCCAGCGGCCAGGACUCACAGUGUCUCUGCCCUCCAACGCCACCCAUCACCUGUUUUCCCAGCUCCACCCAGGUGUCACAUACCAGCUCUCUAUACGCGCAUCCACCUCCAAAGGGUUCGGUUCUGCAACCACGCUCAACGUGACUACUAAUAUUUCAGCCCCCACAAUAGAUGAGUACGAUGGGUCAGAGGCCUUUCUGAAUGAAACUGCAACAACCAUCACUGUCCUGCUCAAACCUGCCCAGGCCAAGGGAGCUCCUAUAAGUGCAUACCAGAUUGUAGUUGAGGAAGUGAAUCCUCAGCGGACACGUCGUCAAGCUUCCUCUGAUUGUUAUGAGGUCCAUGUUUCUUACCACAGUGCGUCUAGCGGUGGAUCUCCAUAUUAUUAUGCCGCCCAGCUGUCCCCCAGCAACCUGCCUGAGCCGCUCCCCUUCACUGUUGGAGACAACAAGACAUAUCAGGGUUUCUGGAAUCCUCCACUGGCCCCGAGAAAGAACUACAACAUCUACCUUCAAGCUGUUAGCAGCACAGAGAGAGAAACUAAGACACAGUGUCUGAGGCUGGCGACUAAAGGUGCUACAGAGGAGCCAGAAGUCAUCCCUGACCCCGCUAAACAGACGGACCGGGUGGUGAAGAUCGCUGGGAUCAGUGCUGGUGUUCUCGUCUUUAUACUUCUGGUGCUAGUAGCCAUCCUAUUGGUCAAGAAGAGGAAACUGGCUAAAAAACGUAAAGAUGCCAUCGGAACAACACGGCAGGAAAUGACUCACAUGGUGAAUUCCAUGGAUCGCAGCUAUGCUGACCAGAGCACUCUGCAUGGAGAGGAUCCCAUGGCUGUGACAUUCAUGGACUCUCACAACUACAACAACAGAUUGCCCAACGAUCCUCUGGUUCCAACUGCUGUGCUAGAUGAGAACCACAGUGGCUCUGCAGCAGAGAACAGCAGGCUUCUGGAUGUUCCUCGGUAUCACUGUGAAGGAACCGAAUCUCCCUAUCAGACUGGACAGCUUCACCCUGCCAUCAGAGUGGCCGAUCUUCUGCAGCACAUCAACCUGAUGAAAACAUCUGACAGCUACGGCUUUAAGGAGGAGUAUGAAAGCUUCUUCGAGGGCCAGUCGGCCUCCUGGGACGUGGCCAAGAAGGAUCAGAACCGUACCAAGAACCGCUAUGGGAACAUUAUAGCAUAUGACCAUUCAAGGGUUAUUCUCCAGCCCAUAGAAGACGACCCCUCCUCCGACUACAUCAACGCCAACUACAUCGAUAUUUGGCUGUACAGGGAUGGCUACCAGAGACCGAGUCACUACAUUGCUACUCAGGGUCCCGUUCAUGAGACAGUGUAUGACUUCUGGAGAAUGGUGUGGCAGGAACAGUCAGCCUGCAUCGUCAUGGUAACCAAUCUGGUAGAAGUUGGAAGGGUUAAGUGCUAUAAGUAUUGGCCAGACGAUGCAGAGGUGUACGGAGACUUCAAGGUGACUUUUGUAGAGGUUGAACCUCUUGCUGAAUACGUGGUUCGCACAUUUACAUUGGAGAGGCGUGGUUUCAACGAGGUGCGGGAAGUCAAGCAGUUCCAUUUCACAGGCUGGCCUGAUCACGGAGUUCCAUAUCACGCUACGGGACUACUUUCCUUCAUCCGCAGGGUUAAAAUCUCCAAUCCACCUUCUGCUGGGCCAAUUGUGGUCCACUGCAGUGCUGGAGCAGGGCGUACGGGCUGUUUCAUAGUCAUUGACAUCAUGCUGGACAUGGCGGAGAGAGAAGGAGUGGUCGACAUCUACAACUGUGUGAAGGCUCUUCGCUCUAGGAGGAUCAACAUGGUACAGACUGAGGAGCAGUAUAUAUUCAUCCAUGAUGCCAUUCUAGAGGCUUGUUUAUGUGGAGAAACAGCCAUACCAGUCUGCGAGUUCAAAGCUGCUUUUUAUGAGCUGAUCCGCAUUGACUCGCAGACCAACUCGUCACAUCUGAAGGAUGAGUUCCAGACGUUAAACUCUGUGACCCCUCAGCCUCAACCCGAAGACUGCAGCAUUGCAUUGUUGCCUAGAAACCAAGAUAAGAACCGCUUUAUGGAUGGCCUUCCUCCUGAUAGAUGCCUUCCCUUUCUCAUUACAAUAGACGGAGAAAGCAGCAACUACAUCAAUGCUGCUCUGAUGGAUAGCUACAGACAGCCUGCUGCAUUCAUCGUUACCCAGCAUCCUUUGCCUAACACUGUCAAAGACUUUUGGCGUCUGGUUUAUGACUAUGGAUGUACCAGUUUGGUGAUGCUGAAUGAGAUUGACCUGGCUCAGGGCUGUCCUCAGUACUGGCCAGAGGAGGGCAUGUUGCGUUACGGUCCGGUCCAGGUGGAAUGUAUGUCCUGCUCAAUGGAAUGUGACGUAAUCAGUCGACUCUUCAGAGUCUGCAACCUCACCAGGCCCCAGGAAGGCUACCUGAUGGUUCGUCAGUUCCAGUACCUGGGGUGGGCGGGGCACAGAGAAAUCCCCGCCUCCAAACGCUCCUUCCUCAAACUGAUCCUGCAGGUCGACCAGUGGCAGCGUGAGGGAGAGGAGGGAGAGGGAAGAACCAUCGUACACUGCCUGAACGGAGGAGGGCGUAGUGGAGUGUUCUGUGCCAGCAGCAUUGUGUGUGAGAUGGCCAAGAGACAGAGUGUGGUCGAUGUCUUCCACGCCGUAAAGACCUUGAGGAACAGCAAACCCAACAUGGUGGAUACUCCGGAGCAGUACCGGUUCUGUUACGACCUGUCAUUGGAGUUCAUAGAGUCCUCAUAAACAAAGUAGAGAGGAGGAGGAGGAGGUGAAGAACUAAUUUCACUUCCCGUGUGUUUGAUCCUUUGCUUUAGCUUGGUCCCGACUCCCCUCUGUGGUUGCCGUUCUGUAGUACCCAUUUUGCGUCCCUACAAAUGGGAGAAGCAAAAUAGGCUCCUUGUACAGUGUUGUAAAGUAUCCAAACAAAGGGAAACAUUCAGACUUUUAACAGAAGGGGCUGCUGGGAGUGCAACAGAGGUGGAGAUGUUACUGCUUUUACUCCUUUAUGCUUAUUGUACAGCUUUUUGAGUGCCGGCCGGCACUAAAUGUUUAGCCUCUCACCACAGCCCCUCCUCCCAUGGACUUGAUGCCUCAUGCUGUUCCAGCUGCAGUACUCAAUGUGCACUGUAGAUGUCUCCCUCCCGCCUUGCUAACUGCAACCAAGCCUGCUCUCAUGCUUAUUUCUGACUACUUAACAGUGUUGAGCAUCUCAUCAUGGUGAUGUUUGAAUAUUUGCUGCCAGUACUUUUGUAUAAGAACAAGAAACUUAAAGUUACAGCCUGGCCAAACUCUGUGAAUGCUUCAGUUUUCUACUCCAUACAUCAGCAGCAUUUACAUGUUAUUUUUCUGAGUUAGAACAUUAUUAUGUAUUUAAGUACGUAAUAGCCACUUUGAACCCAUUCUUCAUUGGUUACACACAGCAUAUUGUCAGAUAACGGAAUAUAUAGACAGAAAAUACCCUAAAUGUCAAUGUAAGUUUGCUACGUGUAAUUAGAUGAAGCAGCAUCUUAGAAACAAGACUGACAAUAAAAGAAAAACAGGAAGUUUACACAGGGAGUAUUAGGCUUUUUGUGUGUUUGUUUUUGUUUUUUAUGAUAUCAUGAAGUGGCGACUUGAAAAAUGUUAAGUGUAGGAUUUUCACUAAAAUGUAUACGUUCAAAAAAGUGUGAUAUGUAUCAUUGUUUUAUUUGUUAUAUUUUUCUGCAGUCACUGCAGAGUUGAUUUGUUGCAUCAUUUAUUGAUUGUCUGGAUAGAAGUUUUGAAGUCUUCUUUGUAACCCAAAUUGUAAAAAUUGAAGAUUGUGUUCAACCAUGUGACAUUAGCAUAAUCAUGUUUGUUUCAGGGCUGGGCCCAAUGCACUUUCAAUUCAGCCAAUUCAGAAAUGGGAUAUUUAAUUUCAAAACUCUAAUAUCAACAGAUUUUGGGUACGAAGGAAUCGGCUUAUUUACUCUUAGAAAAGACUAAGAAUAAAUGCUUUUUCAUGAAUGGGUGAAUUACGGUUUCCAUUUAUGGUUUGAAUGGAAUUGGAAGUGAACUGACCCCAGGCCUCAUUUGUUUUGUGCACUGGUGGCCAACACUUUUUAUUAUUAUUUUGUAGCUGAUGUUUAUUCAUAAGCCAAAGACUUUGUGUAAAUAUGUCUAUAUGGAUAAAGCACAUUGUUUGUAUUUA